AUGGAGUUUACAAAAAUUAUACCUAGUUGGCAAUCUGAGUUUGAAUCAAUGAACUCCGUGGACAAUUUAAUGAAUAAUGACAAUGUUGAUGGUAAAGAUGAAGUUGUUUUAGAACAAAUUUUGGACUGUGUUGAUCCUGUGGCAUCUACCUCCACUGAGCUUGAAUCAUUGAACUCUGGAGACAAUUUAAAUAAUAAUGACAAUGUUGAUGGUAAAGAUAAAGUUGUUGUAGAACAAAUUUUGGACUAUGUUGAUCCUGUGGCAUCUACCUCCAUUGAAUGUAUUAAAGACGAGUUAGAUUUAAAUUUAAAUAAUGAGUACCCAACAGACCGCGGACACUUCAGUGAUGAUAGAGUCCCAGAUAAAAUUAAACGGAGUAUACUUUUAUAUGGACCAUGCAAACCAAAUAUUGAAUUUCCUCAAAAUGAAAAACACAGAAAAUUUUCCUCCGACUAUUAUUUUACAAUGUCUAAAUCUGGUAAUAAAAUCCCUCGCACUUGGCUUUGUUAUUCAAUAAUUUUAAAUAAAAUAUACUGUGAGACAUGUUGGCUUUUUGCUGACCGAUCUUACAAACAUUAUAAUGCAACAUGGAUCUAUGGAAUUGAUGAUUGGCAACAUGCCUCGCAAAAAAUAUAUACUCAUGAUACUUCUGUUCAACAUAUUGAAGCUAUUAAAAUAAGAUGCUUAUGGACAAAAAAUCAAGUAAUUGAAAAGGAAUUGGAAAAUCAAAUUUCAGAAGAAGCAGCUUAUUGGAGGAGUGUAUUAGAGAGAAUAAUUAGAAUUAUAUUGCACUUAACUGCUGGAAAUAAUGCACUUCGUGGUAAUGAAAAGAAAUUUAGCAAGGACAACUCAUUUAAUGAAGGGAAUUUUUUACAAACUGUUCGACUCAUGGCAAAUUAUGAUCAUAUAUUAAGUAAACUUAUAUCUUGUGAAGAAAGUAAAGUCAAGUACCUAAGUCAUACUAUUACUGAUGAACUCAUUAUUAUAUUGUCAAACGAUUUACUUAAAACAAUUUGCGCUGAAAUAAAUGGAUGCCAAUGUUUUUCAAUUAUUACUGAUUCGACCCAAGAUAUAACAAAAUUAGAUCAGUUAAGUAUAAUCAUCCGUUAUGUUGUUGUCAAUUAUGAAAGUAAGACGUUGGAAGUCAAAGAAUCAUUUGUUGGAUUUUAUAACUUAAAAAGUCACGGUGCAGUUGAUUAUGUAAACCUUACGCAAGACGUUUUAAUAAAACUUGGUUUAAAUAUUAACAAAUGUCGAGGCCAGGGAUAUGAUGGAGCUUCUGUCAUGAGUGGAGCACAUUCUGGAGUGCAAACAAGGAUAAAACAUAUUGUUCCAUCAGCCAAGUAUGUCCAUUGCUGUAGCCACAAUUUAAAUCUGGUUAUUUCGGAUGCAGCUAAGUGUCACAAUAAAAUAAAAAAUUUUUUUGAAACUGUUCAAAAUGUGUUCAACUUUUUUGCCAGUAGUGCCCCAAGAUGGGCUUUAUUAGCUUUAGGUCAACAUUUUGGCGAUACAGUUCAAAAAAAAGUUUUAAAAAAGGUAUGCCCAACUAGAUGGGAGGCUCGACACGAUGCUGUGUUUUCGCUCAAAGAACGUUUCAUUGAUGUACUUAAAGCUUUGACUUGUAUGGCCCUUACCAGCAAGAAAACAACCGAACGAACCUUGGCAUCUGGCUUGAAAAGUAAAAUUGAAAAUUUUGAAUUUGUUUUAAUCUUGUGUACCUGGGAACCUAUAUUACGAUCAUUAAGAGUAAUUUCUAAAAAAUUACAAAAUGUAGAUAUGAACCUAGAAGAAGCUUCUAAAAUGCUAAAUAAUGCAGUUAAUUUUAUUCAAGAGACAAGAAAUAGUUACGAUGAUAAUGUACUUGAUAAUGCAAAAUCGCUGUGUUCAAGAUGGGGAAUCCCCAAUAAAUUUGUAGAAAAAAGAGAAUCGUAUGCCAAAAAACAUUUUUAUGACAAUUUAAAUGGAGAUAGGAGACUUAACACAACUGAAGAAAACUUUAAAGUUAAAAUAUUUUUCCCUGUGUUGGAUACAGUUUUGUCUCAACUAAUUAGUAGGUUUCAAGGUAUGCAUGAUGUUAUAGAGGAUUUCAAUUUUUUAAACCCUAUUAUUCUUUCAACACAAACCGAAGAAAAUAUUAUGUAA